AUGGCAGUCUUGUCGCUGCCAGUAACCUUCAACAACUCGUUCUGGUCUCAGGACUACAGACGCGGCCUUGAGGUCUUGUUCGAUAAGCUCGAACAGAGUGUCAAUGAAAACGAAGAAAUAGUCGCUUUCAUUCGGACCAGAGCCCAGGCAGAGGCCACCCUUGCCAAUAUUCUCGGUAACCCCAAUCCAAUCGGGAAGAACGGCAAAGGAUUUGCCGCCGAUGAAGGCGCCUCGCUAUUUGUCGCGUUCCGUGGUCUACAGAGUGAAUCCGUAGCGGAGGGACAGUUGCACAGGACCAUUGCAAACGAAUUGAACUCGCUGGUCGCAGAUCCAUUCGAUCAAUGGGCACAGGGAUACAAGGGACGUUUGCGCCAACAACGCACUGCCGUUAUCGACAACUGGCUUCGCGCUUAUGAGGAGGGCCAGGUUGAGGUUGCCAAACUGAAGAGUCAAUAUCUUGACAAGACCCGCCGUGCCGACGAGGCCAUGGACGAUGCCAAGUUUGCACCAAAUAGCAACAUCCCCGAUACCUACACAAACUCUCCACGACUCCGACCAAUGGACACGCGUCGCAACCCUCCCCAACGUACCCCCAGUGUCUCCGAACGUAUAGCCCAACGGUUUAAGGACAUCCAGAAGAAUGUCAUCUCGUCUUCUGUCACGGAAGAAGCAGAGGCACAGCCAGAGGUAGAAUCGCCACCAGAAGAGAACACCACCCCUAAAGUGGACAAAGGAAAGGGGAAGGCACUUCCGGAACCAUCGCCGAUCGAACUGAGCUCGCCGAUCCCACUGACGCCAACUGCAAAGGAUACCAAUCCAGGACAUGUCAGGACCCCCUCGGUGACCGUAGAGUCCCCCACAUCUCCUACCCCUAUCCUGCUCGCAGGGCUUCCAUUUGCUCCAUCUACCCUGUCCCAACUCCUCACCAGAGCUGCAGCUGAACUACCCCUGAGGACCGUCCGAUUCCCACUCCUUGGAGAGUAUCAGGACGCGUUCACGGGUGACGAAUUUGUCGCUUGGCUCAACGCAAGCAUCCCGGGAUUCGAUGGCAAUCUUGAUCGCGCUGAAGAUGCUGCUCGCGAUCUCACAGAGAGAGAAAACCUUUUGCGACGUCUGGGAGAGCUUGGAAAUCAGUUUGAGCAUUCUGAUGAUGCUUGGUACCAAUUCAGGCCAAAGGCAUUUACUUUGGGAGAUCUCAACCCUGAACCCGCCAAAGGCGAGAACCUACUCAAGAGGUCCGCUACCUUGGUCAACAUGGUUAGCAAGGCAUUGAAUACAAACGCUUCUUCGGAGCCUGCCUACGUCCGUGCGCAUCAAGAAGCCAUGGAAGCGGAUAAAGCCUAUCGGAUCGCUGUUAGGCGAUUGGACCGACAACGCCUUGGCCUCGAGGAGCGUAUCGAGGAGACCCUCAGGCUCUUGCAACGCUGGGAAGCAGAGCGUUUGGCUGCGGUUAAGACAGUGCUCCUCCAAUACCAGGGGACUCUCGAAAACCUCCCCAAGGCUCUAACUUCGACCUUUGAGCGUUCCUCCACCCUUAUUGCUGCCUUCCAACCCGACUCUGAUCUGACGGCGCUCAUCGAGCGCUACCGUACAGGCCCCUUCCGACCAAGCCCUCAAAUCUACGAGUCUGUCUCCCACGACGAGUCCGAUGUCGUCUUCGGAAUCGACCUCCGCAAAUGGGCUGAAGGGGGCUGGUUCGCCAUGCAAAGUGGCGAAGAAAAGAAAGAAAUCGUUCCUCCCGUCUUCACCGCCCUCCUCACCGCGAUCGAAGACUCGUACCAACGUCUACCCAACGACAUUGAGAAACGGAAGGCAUGGAUUUACGACGUACCCUUGCCCGCUGUUCAUCAUCUCCGUGAAACCCUCAAUGCCGUCCCGCCCGAUCAGCCAUUCCAGCCAGAGUUGUUCGUGAGGUUUGAUCCUCCAGUCAUUGCGAGCGCGAUCAAGCUGUGGUUGCUGGAGCUUAAUCCCCCGAUCGGGUUGUAUGAGAAUUGGGACGAGUUCAAAAAAUUGUAUCGGUCCAAGGCGCAGGGUGAAGAAGUCACGGAGGAGCAGAGGUUGCAGAAUAUCAGCGCCGCGUUGCAGAGGCUGCCUAGGGUUCACUUGUAUGUGCUGGACCAGGUUGUCAAACAUCUCAGAGGGUUGAUCGAGUCGACGGAUGUGGAGGAAUCCAACGAAGUUUAUAUCAACAAGUUGGCGCUUUCGCUCGGUCGAAACAUUCUUAGGCCCAAGGCAGAGUCGGAAAUUUCCAUCCAAGACCGCCACCCAACGCUCCUCUUCAUGGAUCUGCUCAACAACUAUGAUGCUCUUCUGCCUCCCACCAUCGAGCGCAAGAAGCGAGAGUCGGAGCGCAAGGUUCCCAUUCGCAAGCGGACUGCCCCCAUCGACAUGCGAUUGAGCAGAAGUCGCAUUUCCAUUGACGCCAAGGCCAACCCUCAGGCUCUCCUUGCGGCCCAAAAGGUUGCGCAGAACCCGGCCUUUGCGAAGGCCAGUAGCCCGCCUCUUCCCCCACCUCCACCUGCUGCCGACAAACUGGUCCCACCUCCUCCCCCGCCACCUGCUGUCGUCGAGAAGCUCACCACCCCUGCAACCUUGGUUCCGCCUCCGCCUCCGCCAGCAUCUGUUGUUGAACGACUGAAGACCCCGCCCCCACCACCUGCCGCUGCCCCUGCUGUCCCACCCCCGCCACCUCUCGUGUCAACUCAGCCUCCCCGACCCAAUUUCAAGGAGCCCGAGUCGUCGUCUGAGGAGGACGAUGACGAUGAUGACGACGACGAUGAUGAUGACGAUGACGACGACGACGAUGACUCUGAAGAGGAGACCUCCAAGGAUGAGAGUAGUGCCCGAGCCUCUCCAGCGCCCGCUCCUACGACGGCGGUCAUCCCUCCCACUCCCGCUAAGGAGCCAGCCCCAGCCAGCCCGUCUCCUGGAAAACGCAGCUUUGCCUCUCGCAGUCCCUCUCCGCCCAACGAGGAUAUCGUCCUAGGUACUGGUAAGGUUUCGCUCACCCGUUCAGGAUCAAACGAAUCUGGUCGUGCGUCUAUAACUCGAGGGGCAAGGAUUGCGCGUGGACCUCGUGCUCCUUCGGGCGGAAGCCCCAACUCCGGGUGGAGCCAAGAGGUUGAGUGGUGCAGCAGGGAGCCCUGUUAA